GUUCCAAACGAACUGCUUGUGAGCAGCUCGUGAGCCGCUCGCGACGAGUCGCGGCCUGUCGGUUUUUUCGACGAACACAAAGGAAUUCGCAGUGCAUAUUGGGACGUGUUUAGACAAGCUUCGUUGUUUUUCGUUAGCUCGCGAGCGAACUUUAUUUUUCUUCAAUAAAGUUAUAGAUUCAUGGUCGAAAGAAAAAAUAUUAUGUCUGAUAAACGUUUAUAGAAUCAAAACGUUAUUAUGGGAUCCUAAAAAUGAAAAUCACUUCAAAAAAAAUUUGAAAGAGGACGCUUGGCGGGAAAUUGCGGAUGAAAUGGAAACCACUGCUGAACAGUGCAAAAAGAAAAUAAUAAGCCUCUUAGCUUCUUUCCACCGGGAGAAAAAUAAAACAAAGCAGGGGACUAGUACAGGAAAAGGAGGAGAUGAAGUUUAUUGCAGCAGAUGGUUUGCCUAUGAAGCGUUUAGGUUUUUAGAAGACAGAGAUUUACCACGAAAAAGACUUGCUACGGAACUGGAUGAUGUUAACGAAGCUGCCCUAUCUUCCGAACAAAUGGAACAAGAGGCGAUACCAGAGACACCUACGCUACCAUCUACCUCCAAAUCUACAAAGCGAUCAAAAACAAAACAAGAUAAUGUUUCCUCUCCAAUAAUGAGUGAUGCAUUUCAGAUUUUGAAGAAUGCUGCGAAAAAAAUGGACAAAGAGCCAACUCAACCCAGUGAAAUAGAUUUAUUUUUUAAUUUUGUUGCUGCAAAGGUUCAAAAAUACCCCCCUCCAAUACAACAGACAAUUCAACAUGCCGUUUUUGACCUUAUUAUUAAAGCUGAUAGAGGAUUUCUUAAUCCGACUUCAAUUCAAUCUUACAAUGAUUCUCAACCUACUUCCUACAUACAGUCACAAGCUACCAAUCAUAUCAAUUCACAACCUACUUCUUCGAUGUAUUCCCAACCUACUUCACAUAAUCUAUAUUCUCAAUCUUCUGAAACUUUUUAUUCACAACCUCUGCAAGUAAUAACCGUUCCUGCAACUUCUGAACCAUCAUUGUCCAACCCAUCAUCGCUACAAUCACCUGUUUCGUCACUCACAUCAGAAAAUUAUGAAGAUUUUGUGUAACGUUUUUGAGUUCUAUUUUUUGUUUGUUAACUUAGUGGUGG